CGGCGCUCCGGGGGCUCUUCGCGACUUUAGGAGCUCCCCAAACACAGAGAAAGUAGUUUAGAAGGUUUACAGAAUAAAUACUGCUUAUUCUCCAACGGGCGCGUGGCGGGGCUUUCCACAAACCACACCCCGGUGGUAACAACGUGCAUCUUUUAUAACGCAAAACGCACAUGGACCCGCCUAUCUAACCCAUGCUCUCCGCCUACCUAAUGCAUAUUUAUCCUGUGAUGUAAUCUUACGCAAUGCUCCAAGCACAAGGUUUCCUUCAUUAAGCAACUCGUAUUGUAGAAGUUAUCUGACGCCAUCAGUUGCGUUUACACAAGGCCCUGCUAAAAGAUGGAUGAUGAUGACUUUGGAGGAUUUGAGGCAGCAGAGAGUUACGAGUUUGGAAAUGGUGAAAAGCAGACCACAUCACCUGCUAUUGCUUGGGCAGCAUUUCCAACAGUGCCUGAAGUCCAUAGAUCUCCUGAUAUUCUCCUGGAGUACUCUGUGCCUUCUUCCUGCCUGGUUCCUUCUGACUCCUUCAUUUUAUCAAGUGAUAAUGUGGCAACAUCUAUUCAAACAGGCAAGAGUAUGAUAAAUCCAGCUGUUCCUGAAGAACAGAUUCAAGCAGAUAUUCCAGUUGCCUCUUCAAAUGUAAUUGAAGACAAGACUUUAGCUGAUGUUGAGAUGAAGAGAACAAAUGAACCUAAGAGCUGCCUUCAACAAGCGGUUGCAAACCUCAAAAUCAAACUUUGCAGUGCUGAGGAAGAAAAACUAAAAAUCAAACAGGAAUUGGAAUAUUUGCUGGAAAAACAUAGUGUGCUAGAAAUGGAUUUCUUGAAGGAAAAAAAAGAAGAAGUGCUUCCACAUCAAGAUCAUUACAAGACACUCCAGGAAAAGCAUAAGCAGGAAUUAGAAGACAUGAGAAAAGCUGGACAUGAAGCCCUAACUAUUAUUGUUGAAGAAUUCAAGGCACUGCUAGAAUCUACAGUUCAGCAGCAAGAAGCAGCUAUUGAAAAACAGUAUAUAUUAACCAUUGAAAAGCAUUCUCGCAAAUGUGAAGAUCUCCUUGAUGCUCAGCAUCAGCGACUUCUCGACAUUUUAGAAGCAGAAAAGGAAGUGUUAUCACAAAAGAUAGAAGAAGCUAUGAUGCAGCAGUCGCAAAAGCACAAGGAAGUGCUGGACAAAUGUUUGGAUGAAGAAAGACGGAGAAGCAAGGAGGCUCUGGCAGCUGCUGCAAAGGCUGAAAAUGAAGUAGUGCAGGAAGCUGUUCUGAAAGCAGUAAAGGAGGAGAGGAGAAAUAUGGAAAAGAUUCAUGCAGAAGAAAGAAAACUGUGGGAAGCAGAACGUGAUAGUCAUAGAGAGAAGAUUGCCCAGGCUGUUUCAGAAGCCAUGGAAGAGCAAAGAAAGCAGAAUCAGGAAAUUGUCAAGAAAGCAUUAAUGGAGGAGCAGAAACGAAGUGAAAAGGCAAUCGAAGAAGCAGUAAAAAGAACAAGAGAGGAAUUGAUGGAAUAUAUUAAAGAGCAGAAGAGGCUUGAUGAAGUUGUCCGUCAGAGAAAUCUGCAUAGUUUGGAACUUUUCCUUUCAUGCGCACAGAAACAGUUAAACGUUUUAUUAAAGGAAGAGUCAACCCCAGAGGAAAACAGAGACUGACAUUCUCAGUGCUGAUGAUACAGUGUGACUUGUGAAGCUGCAAAUCUCCAUCUAGCAAAUGAUGAAUAUAUUCCAAUCUUUUUGGAUUGUAUCAUUGAGUCGAGACUGAUCUGAAAUGCUUGAUAGAAAUGUUUGUGGAUGAUGUUCUUCUAUUUAUAUAUUUAUUUCACUACUAUAAUCAGAUAGCAAAAAUGAGAGGGAAAAAAAUCCUUGGAAAAUAAUUUGUUUUAUUUAGGAUUUUUAGGAUUUUGCUUUCAUUAUAUUUUCCAGUAGCCCAUGGUAGAAAUUCUAGAUAACUGCAGCAAUGAUGAAAACAUUUCUCUGUUGUGUCUUUUAAAUUUGUUAACAUGAUUCACCAUUAUUUUUGAUAUUUCAAAACAUGGAGACAAACAUUUAGUUGAUUAUAGGUACAAGUCCAUCUCUAUUUCCAAAGUAAUAUUCCAAGUCCAUUGCCUCAGGAGAGCCUGAGUAGCUUAUUAUUUCUUACUGCUUUGAUGUAUAGCAAUAGAAUCAGUACUGAAACGUAAGAGUGUUGUCAGACAUUUCUUAAGUCAUGUAUAAAAAAAUCCAGCCCUGGGAACAUGAAAAUUUAAAAAUAAAACAUUUUAAAUUUAAAAAUAAAAAAGUGCAUCUCUUUAGGGUAGCACAAAACAUUGCCAUGACCAAUGUAUAGUAUGUUUUAUUUCUUUCUUUUAUUUUACAGAGCUAAUGCAAUUCCAAAGUCAUUUUCUCAUGAAAUUACGAUUAAUGUGACUGACCUCAGAUUCAGGAAGAAGAUGUAUGUAAUUAUGUGGAGACUGAUACUGCACUGCCUCAGUGGAAUUUGUGACAGAAUAAGGAGUAGCUUGCUGACCUCACAUGCCCUUUCUAAGUGUAUCAAAGGAAGUAGAAAAAAUCCCCACCAACAUUACUGGACUUUGGGUCACUCAUAGGUCUUUCUAGUCUUGCUAACAGCAGAUGGAGUGGAAUUUCUGUGCCUACACUCUAUGGAUUGUAUAACUGAGGUCUUAGUCAUAGAAGAGCUCUGAAUGAAAUAAGGGAAAAUAAGUGUUCAUGCUCAGAUAUGUAAAUAAACUAAGAAUGAUCUCUCUUGUGGUGAGGUUAUGGACAUUUUUUAAGUGUGGUUCUCGUUAUUCUGAGGUGUUUUGGGGUUUUUUUUGUUUAGCAGAUUUUUUUUUUUAUCAGCACUUUUCAUAAAUUUCUUUCUUACAAUAAUAAGGAACACCAGAUGGUUGCAUAUGUAUUUGGUAGUAUGAAAUAUGUACUGCAGAAAGUUAAAGUUUUUUAUUUAAAUAUUUUUCUGUUCUUCAUUUUUGUAAUCAAACCCAAAGGUUUUGUCUUUUGUAUACACAAAGGUUCACUGAAGAAAUAAAGAGUGCUGGUCUUACUAGAUGUUGGCCUUACUCUGCAAAUGGAUUAAUAUCCAGUCUUCUGUUUUAUACUUGAUUGACUGAUCAAUUUCCAUUUUUUCUGGCAGACAAGAAAAAUCUUUAGUGUUAGAGAGUUGUUGCCUACUCAUUUUCUGUUCCUAAAUCAGUGAAAUUUUGUCUCUGUAACUGCACCAAAGAUGACACAGGUGCCCCCAUGGCGUAUUUUUGGAUGUUGAGGUACUGUAAAAGGAGAUUGAUUGCAUAGUGCUUUCUCACAAUGUGUGCAUUUAAUUGUGGAAAUCUAGUAUGAGCUGAUUUCUCAAUGACCUUGUUGGUUUUGUUCUAGGCCUGUACAUGAAACUAUAUUCUUUUUUUAACUAAAGACAUCCAAGUGUUCCCCUUCAAAGCCAGAGCCUUAAAUGUCUGUCAGCCUUCUCCUAAUAAAGAGAUCUGUAUUCUGACUUGCAACACUAUUAAAAGCACUUUUCGGAGAAGUA